AAAAGCCUUUUCCAGUCGAGAAUCCACCAAACUAUAAUCCAUCACCUAAUUCCGACGUAAUUUUUGAUACAAGAAAAAAGUAUUUUUCCCAUUCUCUCUCUCUCUCCCCUCCCUCAUACCGCCUCUCCAAUAACGCUUAUGGAUUCCAAACCCCACCUGAAAUUCCCAAUCCCAUAGACCCUCAGAUUCACUAAAAACCACUUUACCAAAAUAGACAGAAAUAGAAAACACUGAAAAAAAAAAAGUUGUAUACUCUGUUUUUUUUUUUGUUUGUUUGUUUCCUGAACAUUACCCAGAAAUUUUUAGCUCAUUCCCAAGAGUCCAAGACCUCAAGUCGUGGUCUUGUUUUCAGGAAUCAAAGAAAACAAGAUCUCUGAAAGCAAAAAACACUUGGGACUUGAAUUGUUCUUUGAUUUUUGAUUUUUUUUUUUCUUUUCGUUUUCCGAGUAUGCAUAGAUCUGGAGCUACGAUGGCCUGGAACGUGUUCAAGUUCUGUACCGCACUGCGAGGCCUGGGCUCGAUCAUGAUCCUUCUGGUUCUUGGGGUCGUGGGGGUGACCUACUACGCUGUCGUUUUGACCAAUUACGGCCCCGCUUUGUACGACGGUGGCCUCGAUUCGCUCACCGCUCUUGUCGUCUUGAUCUUGUUCCAUUGCUUGUUGGUGAUGCUACUGUGGAGUUACUUUUCUGUUGUUUUGACCGAUCCGGGUAGUGUACCUCCUAAUUGGAGGCCUGCUAUCGAUGAGGAGAGAGGGGAGGCCGACCCAUUGAAUGCGUUGGAAUUCAGUAACUUGCCUGCAGACCCAGUGACGAAUCAAAGGAUCCGGUUCUGUCGGAAGUGCAACCAGCUGAAACCACCUCGAUGCCAUCAUUGCUCUGUUUGUGGGCGAUGUGUGUUGAAGAUGGACCAUCACUGUGUUUGGGUUGUUAAUUGUGUUGGGGCAUUAAAUUACAAGUAUUUCCUUCUUUUCUUGUUCUACACAUUUCUCGAGACAAGUCUUGUAACACUGUCAUUACUUCCACAUUUUAUAGCAUUCUUUAGUGAUGGAGAAAUACCUGGAACUCCUGGCACCCUCGCAACCACUUUUCUUGCCUUUGUCCUGAAUCUGGCUUUUGCGUUGAGUGUUAUGGGGUUUCUGAUAAUGCACAUAUCAUUGGUGGCUGCCAACACCACAACAAUCGAGGCAUAUGAGAAGAAAACCACUCCAAAAUGGCGCUAUGACCUUGGUCGAAAGAAGAAUUUUGAACAGGUUUUUGGGACAGACAAUUGGUACUGGUUUGUCCCCGCUUAUUCGGAAGAGGAUAUACGACGGAUGCCGGCGCUGCAGGGGCUUGAAUAUCCGUCAAAACCCGACUUUGAUUCCCAGGAGUUCUAAGAAUCACUGGUACCAUAUUUCAAUAAAUUCAUAAUCUCCGGCCUUGUAAGAAUAGUGAUGAUGGAGCCUUCCAAACUGCUUCCUUAAGAUUUUUAAUUUGAUCGAGCAGCUUACAACUAAUUGAGGCUUCUAAUACAUUCAUUUCCACGAGCCUCUUCAUGUAGCGGAUAACAAAAUGGUUGAGAGAGAGAGAGAGAGAGAGAGAGACGGCAGAUCAAGGAAAAAGCAUGUGGGUGGCAGAAUAGUGAGGAUAGCUUGAAAGGCAGGCUAAUGUUUUAUUUCAUGUGUUUUUUAAUCAUAAAUAUUGGGAAGUUUUGGAAGUGUAAGAUAAAGUGCUGCAAGUUUUUCAUGGGGGGGCUUUGUUGUAUUUGUUGAUUGAAAUGGCCAAUCAAGUGUACGUUUGUUAUUCAUUCUUGUUAUAUAUAUAUACCUUUCAUAUCAA